AUGGUUCUUUGGCCAACGUUCUUGAAAAAUGAGUAUGAUGAAGUAGAUUUUCGCCAAAAUGGUGUCAAUUUGAGUCAGCAAGAAAGUUACUAUACAGUCCAACAAAUAGCACCAUCACACGGAAAUUAUUUAAACAAUGUUCUUACCAGACACCAGGAUGAUCCAAACCAGAUUGCUCCUCAAAUAAAUGUGGUAUCUCAGUUGUCGAGCGAAACGAUUCCCUUGAAUCUCAGAAAUGUAACUGGUCAGCAACGGACAGAUACACCUUUGGGUGCUCUCAUUACUAAUGAUAUUGAUCCAUUAAUGAAAAGAGACCCCUACGACAACUAUAAAGCAGGGAAGCAUUUACUUUUUAUGAAUUUCACUUCCUAUAAGCAUUUUACAAGUAAAACUACUCUUGAUUGCGUUGAGUGGUAUCCCUAUGGAACUCCUAGUGUAUCUCCUUUUCAAGUUAAAUUUACAAAAUAUCCUGCACUUCAAGAAUUUGAAAAGGAAAUCAAACCUGGGUUACUGUAUCCUGGUGAAACCGAGAGCUCGUUUGAUCGAGCAGUAUUUAACUUCGCCAUGCUUGAGCUGUUUAAAUUUGAUUUUCAUUACACUUACUUGGACCCAAAUGUAUAUUUAGAAGACGGUCUCAUAGGUCAUUUAGAUGUUGAUAUGGAAGAUGUUGAUAUUGGAUAUUAUAGACAAAUGAGAAUAUACUACAACAAUAUGAUUAAAACAUCUCGGACAUACAUGGCAAAUUUAGAAUGGGGUUUUAAAUGGAUUUAUUAUUAUAAUAGACUAAAUGAAAUUUGCUCUAAUGAAAUCGAACUAAUGGCACCCGGUGAUUCAUUUAAAGAAGCUUUUCUUACAAUUGAUACAUUGUUUAUAUCUAUAGAUUGGUCAAUAUUUAACCACAUUGAAAGGAGUAAAAAAGACAGAAAGGAAUUACUUAGGCUUAAAGAUGAAAUGUUAGCAAGAACAAGAAACAAUUUCUAA